AUGUUCGGAUGGAGUACAAUGGGCCUCCCCGCAAUCGGGUCGGACCCUGACUCAGAACGUUCUCCCCCGCCUCCUCCAACCAAGCUCGACUUUCCAGUCUACCGCGUCCCCGCCGUCCCCGACACUCCCUCCGAAGACUCCCUCCGCAAUCUCCAAGCAGAGCUCGCCUCCAUCCGUCGUCCCCAAGACAUCACGCCGGACAAAUUCAAAGACCUCAACCUCAAAGUCGAGACCGACGUACCGCUAUCCGCAAUUGUUCGUCACAAUGGCGCAAAGACCGCUCCUCCGCUGCCGUGGGAAUUGGAUUGCCCCAACCCAUCUCUCGGAUCCCCCGCCCCCGCAGACGGAACGCCGAUCUUCAUGGACAACGAGAACCCAUACCCGACCAAGGAUAAAUACGAGCUACUAGAGCAAGAAUUGCUGCUGGACAAUGACGAUGCGUUCCGGGAGGUCGCCCGGUUGCCGCCUCGCGCUGGUCGCGAACGGGUCCGCGUGACGCAGACGAGGAAGUUCUGGACGGCGCUGGAACGGAUGUCACAAUACUGGGAUGACAGCCUGGACAAGUAUUUCGAGCGGCCAAAGUCGCCCGAGCCGAGCGAUACUGAGGCGGAUACCGAGACCACAGAGGUCAUUGAGGCUACCCCAAUGGACGUCGACCCGCCGACCACAACCACCACCCAAGACAACACAAAACCAGAACUAGUGAAGAAAUACAAAGGCCGCCGCAUCGCAGCCGGGCCCGCGAUGCCAGAAGACGUCCGCGACGAGACAGUCCGCGCCCUCACGGAAAUGGCAGCCUGGCCCUUCGGCUGCCAGGCCUCUCUCCCCAUGAACACCCCCAAGCUCUCCCUCGGAACCCUUCUCUUCCCCGUCCGCCAAACAUUCCUCGCAACGCGCUCGCCCAAGGACCGCCAGCUCGCCCGCAACGGGAUGCUCGAGGGCCCCCUCUUCGUCGCCCAAUGCCGCCCUGAGACCGUCUUCCGAGGACCCCACGAAAAACACGGCGACGGGCUCGGCGACACCUGCGAUCUCGUCCGCGAAGUCGGCGCUAUGCUUCUGGCCGCUCAGGAGCGGGCGCGCGAGGGCGCAAUUGAGGUGCGGCCCGGCGAGGGAAAGUGGUGGACCACGAAGCCUCGAUGGGGCGGAGCGCCGAACGAUGCCAUCGGCGACAGUGUGCGCAUUAUGCUUGAGCAGGAACAGCAAGCCGCGGCGUUGAUGGGAAGGCCGCGCUCAAGUUCACGCCCGCAACCACCGGCGUUACGGAGACCGGGCCUACGACGCGCAAUGAGCAGCAGCGACAAGUGGAAGAUCAUCUCGCCGGGCCCAGGCCUCUGGGAUAAACGGAUGCGGUAUAUCCAGAUCGGUCGGGACAGAGACUGUCCUUAUGACGACGUACGUCUCCCUCCACCCCCACCAUCAACAAAUCUAACAGGCACAGAUCUACAUGCUCUCCUCCCUAAACCACCACCUCUCAAUCCUCCACCUCCGCAUCCACCGCCGCUACAUCGACAUCAUCACAAACGGCCGCAGCACCGUCUCCCCAACCGCGGGCUCCGACCCCGACCACCCCUGGCACAUCCUCAAGCUGCGGCGCACGCGCUGGGGCGUCUGGACUAUCUUCCAUGUUUUGCUGAGGGCCCCGCGCCCGCCCGCGGAUGGGCCCCCGCCUAG